GCGAAUCCGAAAUUUUGAAGUUGUCUUUGUCCGAAUUUGAAAAAAGACUGUUAAUAAUGUGCGACAAAAAUAACGGCAAAGAAUCAAAUUAUUCUGCUGAUGUAGUCAAUGAAUUUAUCGAACUAUACAAAAAAUCAGAAGAAAAUCGUGUACCUUGGCCAGGUUAUGCAGAGUUUUUCGAUUUCUACUCGGCGGAAGGAAAUAGUUACAAACUAAGGUGCAAAUUGUGUUUGACUCCGAAAAUUCUAAGUGGUGACAAAUGUUUGUCCGCGAAUUUCAGAAAACACAUUAAGAUUGUUUUUUAGAUGCACUGUGAAAAUUAAACGAUAAAAGAAGGCACAACUUUAGGGCAUGUGAUACUCUGAAAAUUAUCGAUUAUACCAGUGUAAGAUUUCAACGGACGUCCCUGAACUCUUCUUUUAAUGUACAUCAAGGCGUCAAAGACCUGGACGAAGCUACAAUAAUCGCAAAAAAAGAGAAAAUCAGAAAAUGAAUUCCCAGAAACUGAAUUAAAGCCAAAUAAAGGACACCCUAUUCUGGCUGAGUUCAAUUCCGAAAUAGUGAGACCGAUAGUUACGCAAAAAGUACUGGAUCAAAACAUAAUAAACUAUGUGGUAGAAGAAACUAGACCAUUUAGCGUUGUUGAGAAACCUGCCUUUAAAAAUCUAAUACUAUCAGCUUUACCAAACAAAUGAAGCAUUAUGACACGAAAAACAAUAGGAGGAAGAAUUGACGAGACGUAUGAAAAAAUGACUUUAAAUGUCUGUGAAAAACUGGAGAAACAAGAAGUUCUAUCAGGAACAGCUGAUUGUUGGACUAAAUCAAAAAGAAGUUACCUGGGUAUGACCGCCGAUUGGAUAAAUGAAGUCACUUUAGAACGAGAAUUUGUUGCACUGGCUUGCAGAAGGAUUCGCGGAAGUCACAGGUAUGACUUCAUAACACGAUAUAUACAAGAAACCUUAAUCAAAUUUGGAAUUCAAAAUAAAAUAAUUGGAAUUACCACGAACAAUGGCUCGAAUUUUAUUAAAGCAUUUCGAGUAUUUUUAGAAAACGAAGAUCCAGAUGCUGGUGCUGAAAAUGAAAGUGAAGACGAAAAUGACGAAGACGACAUUGAAAUGCAUUUCCUCGCAGAUAUUCUUGACAAUCCUGGCGAUGGUGAUGAUGCCAAUGAAAACGAGAUAAUUCUUCCACCGCAUUACAUAUGUGGAAGCCACAGUUUAAACCGGGUUGCUGUGGGAGAUUCUGAAGCAGCUUUGCAAAGCAAGAAGUAUGAAAAAUUGAGCAAAUCUGCAUUCUUUAAAUGUGAAAAACUUUGGAGAAAACAAAACAAAGCUUCAAAGAGCGCUGAUAAGAUAAAAGAAAUUUUAGGAUUUUACUUUAACACACCUAAUCUCACAAGAUGGAAUUCGACUUAUGAUUCGGCAGAUCAGCUGGUGAAAAUUAGUGAAAAAGAAAAUGGCUUAGAUAAACUGAAUCGCUGUUUCGAUGCAUGUGGACUGCAGCGACUGACUUUACAAGAAGUCCAAUUUUUGAGAGAAUACUGCAAGGUUAUGUAAAUUAGAACAACUAAAGAAUGAUGGACUGAAAUUCUGCGAUCCUUUAGCCGACAGUAUCCUCAAUGGAGUGCAAGAUCGAUUUCAAGCUCUUUUCAAUCGAUCGCAUUUGAUUAUUGCAGAUUGUUUACACUCGAAAUUGAAAUUUGAUUGGAUAACUGAGCAAUCUGAAAAAGAUUCAGCCAUUCAAAGGAUAGAACGACUUCUAAAUCUAAAUAUUCUUGAUACGAAGAAGUAUCCUACCAACGAAAAAAAAGAAGCUCCUGAGAGUUUCUUCAACUUUCCUAAACGGCAGCAACCAGAAGAAGAAUGUCAAGAGCUGAGAGACUACUUGUCAUCAAACUCUGAGUCCUUGAGUGUAUUGGAACUAUUUCCGAAUUUAAAGAUUAUUCAAUCGAUACAACACUACUCUUCCCAGUAGUGCUUCUGUUGAAAGCCUAUUCAGUGUCGCAGGUCUCGUGAUGAAUCCUCGAAGAUCCAAGUUAGAACAUCAGUCCUUUGGAAAACAGCUGCUCUUGAAAAUCGACAAGAACUAUUAUUAGGAGAAAGUUCUUUUAAUUUUUACCCAAAGAAAGAGACAUUUAUUUACGUUUAGACUCUAAAUUCUUUCAAACAUAUUAUA